CACAGACACAGACAUAGACAUAGAUUUAUUAUUUCUAACUAGAAGGAACAAAAGACCAGAUUUGUUUAUGUUUCUUCUUCCUCCAUCCUCUGUUUCGAAAUUCAAUUCUUUGAUCUGUUUCAGUCAUCGUUUCUCCACUCUCUACGAAUAUAUAUAUUUCCAGAGAUCUUAAUUCCCUUUUUUUCCUUUUUUCCAAAACUUGAUUUGAUCCUUUGUUUCAAAAUUAGGAAACUCUCUGAAUGAAUAUGGAUUUGUGCUUGAAACAAACAGAUUCUCUUUAAAUCAUUCAUAUGAAUGUUUCCCUAAAACUUUUUUUUUUUUUGGGGAACAGUUCGAAUUCGCACUGUGUGGAGAAAAAAAAAGAUUGAAUUUUUUUUUUUUUUGUUUGGUAAACAGCAAUGGCGAGAGGAGGGAAAGAGGAAGGAGAAAAGCACAUAGGGUUACUAAAGCUGGCUCAAACGCUUUCUUUUUUGCUUAUUUUCAUGGCCGGAAUCAUCAUCGGCCUCGCCGCUAGCUCUCACAUCGAUCGCUACUUCAAUUCCUUGCCGAGGAUGUUCUCGUCGUCGACCCAUCUCCAAACGAUUCCGUUUUCGACUACUACUGAUUACUCCAAUUGCACAGUCAUACACCGUGAUUGCCCGGGGAACGACGAGAACGACGACGACGGAGGAGGAGGAGGAGUCAAGGCGGAGAAACCAAAGGUUCCAGAUUGUUGGAGCACUGAUGGGUUUGUUCGGCCUGAGAAUCUCACUCAUGGGAUGACUGAUGAUGAGCUGUUCUGGAGAGCUUCGAUGGUUCCUGUGAAGGAGGAGUAUCCGUACGAAAGGGUUCCUAAAGUGGCCUUCUUGUUUCUGACCAGAGGGCCUUUGCCUAUGCUUCCGUUAUGGGAGAAGUUUUUUAAAGGCAAUGAGAAGUAUUUAUCUGUUUACGUUCACACGCCUCCUGGAUAUGACAUGAAUGUCUCUCGCGAUUCUCCGUUUUAUGACCGGCAGAUCCCUAGCCAGAAAGUUGAAUGGGGAUCCCCACUAUUGACAGACGCAGAGAAGCGUCUUCUAGCCAACGCAUUGCUGGACUUCUCAAAUGAGCGUUUUGUGCUUCUCUCAGAGAGCUGUGUCCCAGUCUACAACUUUUCAACUGUCUACAAUUACCUAAUAAACUCUGCUUACAGUUUUGUGGACUCUUAUGACGAGCCAACACGUUAUGGACGUGGUCGUUACAGCCGCAAGAUGCUCCCAGAUAUCAAACUCCAUCACUGGCGGAAAGGGUCUCAGUGGUUUGAAGUAAACCGUAAAAUCGCCAUCUACAUCAUCUCAGACUCGAAAUACUACUCAUUAUUCAAACAAUUCUGCAGACCAGCUUGUUACCCGGACGAGCAUUACAUCCCAACUUUCUUGAACAUGUUUCACGGUUCAAUGAACGCGAAUAGAAGCGUGACAUGGGUUGAUUGGUCCAUAGGCGGUCCGCAUCCAGCCACAUAUGCUGCAGCUAAUAUCACAGAAGAGUUUCUACAGUCGAUAAGGAAGAACGAGACGGAUUGUCUUUACAAUGACGAGCCAACUUCGUUAUGCUUCCUAUUUGCUCGCAAGUUCUCUCCUUCUGCCUUAGAUCCUCUUAUGAACCUGAGCUCUACUGUCAUGGGAUUUUGAGAAAAACAAAUUUUCAUUUCUCUUCUUCUUUCUACUUUUUAUAGGGAUGAGAUGAGUCCUUCUACGAGAUAUAUAUAUAUAUAUAUACACAUAGGACUCUUUUUUCUUUAUUUUUGGUUAUUAUUAGUUUCCUUUGGUUAUGAUCUCUUCAUUUUAUUUUGGGGUUUUAUAGAGAUGAUCGUAAAGGUCAUGCCUUUUUUGUAUAUAAGAGCUUUACUUGUGCCGCCGA